CGACAUUUUUCUAUGUUUGCCUUGUUCUAUGUAUCACUACUGUAUGUUGCCAUCCUGUAUGUUUCAAUUUCCAAACCCUGUCAAAGUCAUAUUUCUUUUCCACCAACAGUACAAUUAAUCGAUCAUCUUCGUACGUGUAAUAAGAUUGAUAUGUAAACGAAUCCCUUUUACGAUUGACAUACGGUCGACAGUUUAAUUACCGCAUAUCAAACAUAAAUUGGUACGAUUGGUUGUGGGCACUGAUUAGCCAUAUAUGCAUCUAGCACAAAUGCUUUCCAAUCCUUUAAAAUGUCUUCCGGCCAACCAUCACAAAAACCCAGUCAGUAUCAGGGGAAACGUCUUUUCGCAUCAAUCAUGCUAAACCGUGCACCGACCGUUGACUUUUUCCGCGUCCAAUCAAUCUGCCUAAGGGCCAUUGGCAUAUCACGCCGUGCGACACACGCUGACAGUGUACUGUACGCGUUUAGCUUUUUCACCGUGCUCGUCAUGAAGCUCGGCACCGUACUGUUUGCCGUCAAGCACAUCGACGAAAUCAUGCUGCUGUGCGACUGUUUGGGACCGACCUUUACCGCCUACCUGGGACUGGUGCGCCAGUACAAUCUGCGCCUCCAUCGGUCCGAGGUUUGGCACAUUGUGGACGAACUGGACGCACUGAAGCGUACGUUGCAGCCGAACGAAAUCCGGAUCGUGCAAAAGUAUAACCGCAUUGACCGGUUCCUUGCGUGGGCUUAUUUGAUUACCGCCAUGUCAACCGGCGUACUAUUCGUGGGUGUUGCCCUCGUGCUGGUCGUCCUAUCGGAGCAAGCUGACUGGAAGCUGCCACUACUGAUGGACUUCCCGUUCGAUGUGAAACAUCCGGUGACCUUUACGAUUUUCUUUGUCUGGUGCAGCGUAGCGAUAUUCUGGGUCGUGCUAGAUUGUGUGGCUUGUGAUGCUUCGUUCGGUACGUUUUCCUCCUGUCUGGUAGCACACUUUGUCAUCAUACAGGAACGGUUCGAGAAUUUGCAGUUCGGUAUGGUCGGUAAUGGUCGGCAGCUUGGCAAACUCAUCGAAUACCACAAGUAUAUACUGCACUUGUCCGAUCGUGUCAUCGAUGCGUACAAGACUGUCAUCCUAAAUCAAUUGCUCAUCUCGUCGAUGCUGCUGUGUAUGCUUGGGUUCCAGUUGGUCAUUUCGGCGGGCACAACCAUUAUGGUGGUUUACGUAGCGUACGGGACGGCCAUUACCAUACAGGUUACUUACUACUGUUACUACGGAUCACAGCUUUAUCAUGAGAGCACACUGGUGCAUGAUGCUGUUUACAAAAGUAAUUGGUACGAGACGGAUGUACGGACGCAGAAAAUGCUAAUCAACUGCAUGAUGCGUGCGAAGAAAUCGGUGAACGCAAAAUCAGGCUUUACUGAGGCAUCGCUGCCUACGCUGAAUGCGGUAUAGUACAUUAUAAGUUGAUCAUAAGUAUUAAAUGUUUAAACAGAUUUUAUUUCAUUACAGAUUUUAAACUCCGCUGGAUCGUACGUUGCUCUACUUAUGUCGCUGAUGGAGUAGAUUGACUGCAUUCAAGACACGAAACUGUAGAAGCUUAUAAUGCUUUUGUUUGACUCUCACUUGCCUUUUCAGCUUUCCGAUCCGACUGUGGUUUAGAAGUGAAAACACUUUCAAGAUAUGCAAUUAUCAUUAAUUUUAAGUGGCUUCUUUAAAAUGUCAUGGCGUGGUUAAAAUAGAACAUCCCACAAAACAAACAGAAAGUUAUCAAUUUAAUAGCAAUUGCAUACAUUUAGGCGUUUGUAAAGAACUAAGUAGAUGGCAUCAAAGCUAUAAAAGCUUAUUGCUAAAAUGUUGAAUUUAAAUUCAA